ACAGGGGGCUCAGGAGGAGCAGCGGGAAGCGGCGGAGGGAGGCCCCGCGCGAAGAUGCGGCCGCGCUGGGCCCUGGCGCUCCCGCUGCUGUUCCCCUGGGUGGCAGGUGGAUUAGGGAACGCGGCCAGCCCAAAGGAUCAUGGGCUGUCCACGUCCGCGCUGCAGCUCGGGGUCUGUCGCUAUGGGACUAAGCUGGCCUGCUGCUAUGGCUGGAGAAGGAACAGCAAGGGAGUCUGUGAAGCUACGUGUGAACCUGGAUGCAAGUUUGGUGCGUGUGUGGGACCAAACAAAUGUAGAUGCUUUCCAGGAUACACCGGGAAAACCUGCAGUCAAGAUGUAAACGAGUGUGGAGUAAAACCCCGGCCGUGCCAACACCGGUGUGUGAAUACGCACGGGAGCUACAAGUGCUUUUGCCUCGGCGGCCACAUGCUCAUGCCAGAUGCCACAUGUGCGAACUCCAGGACGUGUGCCGUGACGAGCUGCCAGUACGCCUGCGAAGACACGGAGGAGGGGCCGCGCUGUCUGUGUCCGUCCUCGGGCUUGCGCCUGGCCCCCAAUGGGAGAGUCUGUAUAGACAUCGAUGAAUGUGCCUCCGGUAAAGCUGUCUGCCCUUAUAAUCGAAGAUGUGUGAACACGUUCGGCAGCUACUACUGCAAAUGUCAUGUUGGUUUCGAACUGAAAUAUGUCAGGGGCCGAUAUGACUGCGUAGAUAUAAACGAAUGUGCCGUGAAUACCCAUACGUGCAGCCUCUACGCCAAUUGCCUCAAUACCCAAGGAUCCUUCGAGUGUAAAUGCAAGCAGGGAUAUAAAGGCAAUGGACUUCAGUGUUCCGUUAUCCCUGAAAAUUCUGUGAAGGAAGUCCUCAGAGCACGUGGUGUCAUCAAAGACAGAAUCAAGAAGUUGCUGGCUCACAAAAACAUGAAAAAGAAGGUAAAAAUUAAAAAUGUCAUCACAGAACCUUCUGGAACUCCUGCCCCUAAGGUUAACUUGUGGCCCCUCAACUCUGAAGAGACUGUUUCCAGAGCUAGGAACUCUAAUGGAGGAAAAAAACAGAAUGAAGAGAGAAAGAAAGAGGGCCUGGAGGAAGAGAAAAAAAAUGAGAAAGCCCUGAAAAACCACGUGGAGCGGGAGCAAAGCCUUCGAGGAGAUGUGUUCUCCCCUAAGGUGAAUGAAGCAGGUGAAUUGGGUCUGGUUCUGGUCCACGGAAAACCUGGAACAUCCAGAUUAGAACACAAAGCAGAUUUAAAUAUCUCAGUUGACUGCAGCUUUGACCAUGGGGUCUGUGACUGGAAACAGGAUAUAGAGGAUGACUUUGACUGGAAUCCCGCGGACCGAGACAAUGCUGUUGGCUACUAUAUGGCAGUUCCGGCCCUGGUGGGCCGUAAGAAGGACGUUGGCCGGUUGAAACUCCUCCUCCCUGACCUGCAACCGCAAAGCAAUUUCUGUUUGCUUUUUGAUUACCGGCUGGCCGGAGACAAAGUAGGGAAGCUUCGAGUGUUUGUGAAAAACAGUAACAAUGCCCAGGCCUGGGAGGAGACCAGAAGUGAGGAUGAGAGGUGGAAGACUGGGAAAAUUCAGUUCCAUCAAGGGAUCGGCACUACCAAAAGUAUCAUUUUUGAAGCAGAACGUGGCAAGGGCAAAAGCGGAGAAAUUGCAGUGGACGGCGUCUUGCUGCUCUCGGGCUUGUGUCCAGAUGGCCUUUUAUCUGCGAAUGGCUGAAUGUUACUAGGGUCUUUUGUGCCUUUAUAUUUGGCUUCUUAUGUCAGUUCCCUAUUUUCUGAUAUUACAUCAUAGAUUGCCCCACUUUAGAAAUACAAACUGAAAAACCAUAACAUACCAACAGAAACAUUAUUGUAAGGUGCCUUUCUUGUAUAAGAUGUGCCAAUAUUUGCUUUCAAUAUAGUACCACUCAUUCAUUUCUGAAUUUAUAAAAUGUGGAAAUGUGGGAAAAGCUCAGCUUUCCACCCCGCCCCCACCUCCAGUGUAUCUGAUUUGUCUCCGUGUGUUGAUGAGCCUUUAUAUAACAUUUUUAGAAUUAUAAAAAAACAAAUAACAACAACAACAAAAACCCCACAGGGAAUUGUUUCUCUAUUUGACUGUUCUGGCACUUCUUGGAAACUGACAUCACAGGUAGAUUUUUAUCUAAGUGGCUUAGCCUGAUCUUUUAUAGCCAAGCUUGUAUAUUUAAAUUCUUUGUAAUAAUAUUCAAAUAAUCACCUUGUGUCAUGGUUUAAGUUUUUCUAAGUAAGAAAAUGUGUUGUUAAUGCUCUGUUUCAUUAUGUGUAUAAUUAUUUGUUUUACUGGAACAUGGGUUUUCUUCUUUUUCCUUGGAAAUACUCUAUAUUCUUAAAAAUUCAUGAAAUUCCUUUUAUGGGAGCACACGUGACUGCUUUAUUAGGCCUCAUAAGUGUGAUACAAAUUAGCUUAAGUUGUUGAAUUUAAGGCCUAAGAGAAAUACCUAAAACUAAAUCACACAAGUGUCGGGAUUCAGAGGAAAGACCAAUGUCUUCUUUUCUCUGUUUCUCUUUUCUUCCAAAUUCAACAACAGCUUUGUGUGGUAAUGAAUCUUGAGUAUAUUCCCUGAGGAUGAACAUAUAUUAUGUUUUAAGAUUCUGGAUCAUAAACAGAAGGUUCUCCAGAUAUUUGCCUGUUAUCCCCUAAAGCAAUGAAGGCCUUCAGCUGCAGGAGAAAGGAAAGAGAGAAGGUAGUCCACUUACUAAUCUUUAAUAUUUGUAGCCUCACUCAAAGUUUUUUUUUUUAAACUGAAACUCUUAGUAAUCCUUUUUUUUUUUAAUUUAGUAACCUUU